CUCCCUACACUGCAUGCACACUGCCCUACUUGCCUGCUGGCCUCGUCCCGCCGUACACACGUCCUUGCUCUCCCCAGGGCGCUCCCGAGUUCUGUCACACGCCCAUCCCCUGGUUGGUUCGCGAUGGAGGAAGAUCCGGCAAAUCAUUACUCGCUGCGGAUCCCGAAACCAAACUAUCUCCCUCACAAAGUUGCGGUGGAUGAGCCGGUAGUAAAGAAGUUCUACAAGCCGCUGGAUCGGCCGUCCGACCUGGAAAACGUCGCCUAUCUGAACAAGAUCAAGCGCUUCGCCCACGAACAUGGCAUCACGAGACCCAAGGGCUAUACCGUCUCCUUCCACUACAACCCCGAGAUGGAGAGGCACCAUUUCGGCCAGACGCACCCCAUGAAGCCUUGGCGCUUGACCCUCACCAAGAGCCUGGUCUCGGCCUACGGUAUGAAUUUCGCCAUGGACAACUACACCGCCCGGGCCGCCACCUACGAGGAGCUUACGGCCUUCCACACCGACGACUACGUCGAAUUCCUCGCCUCGGUCCAGCCUCAGCCGCUCCCCCUCGACGUCGACAACUCCCACCCGGAUCUCAAAUUCAAUCUGGGCGGCAGCGACUGCCCGCUCUUCGAGGGACUGUACGAUUACUGCUCCAUGUCUGCCGGCGGUUCUCUGGAUGCCGCGAGGAAACUGUGCGCGAAGCAGUCCGACAUUGCCGUAUCCUGGGGCGGAGGCCUUCACCACGCCAAGAAGUCGGAGGCGUCGGGAUUCUGUUACAUAAACGACAUCGUCCUCGGCAUCCUACAGCUGCUGCGCGUCCACCCCCGAGUGCUCUACAUCGAUAUCGACGUGCAUCACGGCGACGGCGUCGAGGAGGCUUUCUUCUCCACCGACCGGGUCAUGACGGUCUCCUUCCACAAAUAUGACCCCCAAGUCUUCUUCCCCGGCACCGGCGGCUUGGAAGAUAACGGCCCGCGGAGCGAGCACAAUCCGGGAGCGCACCAUGCCAUCAACGUGCCGUUGAACGACGGGAUCACGGACGAGCAGUACGAGUGGCUCUUCAAGAGCAUCAUCUCCAGGUGCAUCGAGAAAUUCCAGCCCGGUGCCAUCGCCCUCCAAUGCGGCGCCGACUCGCUCGCCGGGGACCGGCUGGGCAAGUUCAACCUCCUCGUCCAGGGCCACGCCUCGUGCGUGCAGUACUGCAAGAGCCUCAACAUCCCCAUGCUCAUGUUCGGCGGCGGGGGCUACACGCCGCGGAACGUCGCGCGCGCCUGGGCGUACGAGACGUCGGUCGCCAUCGGCCACAACAAGGACAUCCCGACCGAGCUCCCGAUCCACACGCCCUGGCGCGAGCGGUUCCGGCAGGACACGCUGCUGCCCACGCUGGAGCAGAUCCUGGGCGAGCCCCGCCAGAACAAGAACUCGCAGAAGAAGCUGCUGGACAUCAUCGAGCACGUCACCGAGCAGCUGCGCUUCGUCGAGGCCGCGCCCAGCGUCCAGUUCUCCACCAUCCCGCCCGACCUGGGCCCCAUCCGGGACGAGGUCGAGGCGCGGAUAAAGGAGGAGGUCGACGAGAAGGACGAGCUAGGGCGGAGGCUCCGAGAGGAGGCGAUGGGCGAGCCUAUGGAGCUGUAAUAAUGUCUAUUGCCAGAGGAGGGACGCAGAUACACUAUACCCGUAUGGUUUUUGGGAGGGAUGUGCAGGAGACCCGGGCGCGGCGUGGCAAGACACGUCUCGGUGGACUGGCGAGGCGGAGAGGUGUGGCGAGGAGGUGUCGAUUUGCACGGAUACCCCGCGGCCGGCAAGCGUCUCGCGGCGCUGGCGCUCGCAACGAUCCUAUCUACCCUGUCCGAGGACCCCCCUCGUGCUGAUGGAAACGAGGCGGUGUCGCGUCGAUAUCGAAACUCCCCCGAGGGGGCCAUGUGUAUAGAAACGUAAAAAGGGGGGGGGGAAACGUCGAACUAAUGAAAGAAAAAAAUUUUGAACACAACCGAAUGCCGUGGGG